AUGUUCGCUCGAGCCAAACAAAUGUUACAGGAUUUGAGACAAGAGUUACUUGUCCUCAGUCCGGGACCUAUACGUUUAACUGACACACCAUUAUGCCUCUAUGUACCAGUUUUAUGGCCAUGUGGAUCACAAGAAUCCUUACAAGUGCGUGUAGAUCCUGUCCAGGGUUUUAUAUGCGCUUCUUUUCCACUUCUCACCUCACUUGACACGGAAUUCGGUGCUAUGAGUUCCCCAGUCAAUGUUCCAUCUAAUUUUACGGGUAUUUCUGAAAAUUUUUCCCGUUCCAGUGCUAUCAAUGCACUCAGCUCAUUGGAGUCGGCUUUCAAUCAAGCCUCAUCGAAUCGUGUUCGUGUUGUCACCGCCUCAGGAGGUCUAGUUCAACCUUCUUCACAUGAAAGUGAUCGUAUUUCGUCGAUCCAAUCAAGAAGUCUACGUAAUCUAGCCCAUGGUGAUGUUCGUUGGCGUUCCAUGAUAUCUGAGUCUCUGGAACAUCUUCGACUGUGUUUAGGCUUGACGAGGUUAAUGCAAACAGCCAAGAUCCAUCGACCAUUUUGGCAUCCAUUUAAACGACAUCUCCCAUUGAUUUUGUCUCCAGAUCAAGUGGUCCAGGGAAAAACUCCCUGGUUUGAAAUGUUGAUCCGUAUGCAACAAUCAUGUCGUUGGCCAAUCCUCUUCGCUCAAUUGUUUCCAAACAAUGAAUAUUAUAUCGCCUGUGAAGUGAUACUGGCUCCACUGAAUGUUGAGUACAAGUAUUAUUUGAUUGUUUGCCGUGCACUACCUGAGCACUAUAUGAGUAUUACAACAAAUUCGCAAGGGGUGCUUGUCUAUAACCACAAUGACGUAAGUUCCACAACUGUUGGGCAACAUCCGAGUGAAACAGGAUUAUUUCUUCGAGUGACUCACUUUACACCACUUUCACCUGAUAUUGUCUGGUCAAAUAAUCCAUCGAUAACAUUGCAACGAUUAUGUGCUUGUAUUCAGAAGGCUCAAUCAAAUAUCGCCGGUGGACGUUCAUCGCGUUUAACUGACCUGUUGAAUCGAAUUAAAUUAUCACAUGCAAUAGACGACACUGAGACAAUUUCUGGUAGUAGUAGUAGUAGUAGUGGGAGUGUUAUUGACCACCAGUCAACAACAACCAGAUUGGAUGAACCUCAAGCUAUUGUUCCAACAUUAGCUCAUUUAUUCUCAAGAAUAGGCGAAAAUUUAAUCACUAGUUAUCUGACAAUGGAGCUUUCGUGUGCAGGAAUUGAACAUACUGGGAUACAUUAUGACGGGUCAGGCUGUUUACCUACAAUCGGAAUAACCAGCAUACCCUUCAAUCCGCCUAGUUGGUACCCGACAGGCAUCGUCCCACUGAUGAAUUAUGUUCAUGAAAUAAUCCUGCGUCCAUAUUUCGAUCCAUUUACACAUCGUCGUAGUUGGCAGUUGGACAUAUUGUUCACUGGGAUUCAACCACACUUACACUUAGACUCCUCAAUAAAUGGAGCUAAUCGGCGCAAAUCUUCAAAAUAUUAUAUACGUCAUCAAACAGCUGAAUGGACUAUUUCUAGGCUGCACCACUUUAUUAUCGUUGUGCAUAAUAUACUCAUAGAAUGGGAAAGUUUAUGUUUAAUGCACGCUUUAUGUUACCAAGUGGUUAAUAAUCCUGAGAUUCAUCUCCCUGAUGGUGUAGAAGUUUAUUCAUACAAUCUAAAAUCAUUGGCAUUGGUUUAUGGUAAAACAUAUCUAGCUGAGAUAUCAAUGCCUACGGGGAACAGAUUUAACCUGUCUUUGGGUUUCCGACCACUGUAUUCCGCCUCCUCGCCCGCCUCCUCCUCUGAUAAUGAUAAUGGUGACGGUGAUAAUCGUAAUGACAAUAAUGAUGGUGAUGCUGGUGCUGAUGACCUCGGCGGUCGUCGUGGUGGUCGUGGCAGUGGUGCUUUCGACGACGAGGAUGACGGUGACAGUGAUGAUGACCAUAUAACAACUAAUGUUGACUUCAAUCAUCAUAUGAUUGUCAGACAACAUUUAGAAGAAUUGUUGAAUACGAGUAAAUCGAUACACGUGUUAGCUACUACAUUGUUGAAUACAUUGAAAUUCUUCCAAUCUAUGGAGUAUCUUCGGGAUCUUGUUUUAUCGUAUAAUGGUUUAAAGGUUCUCCCUUUCUCCAGCAACUGUAUCAAAUCUGUACGUGGUAUAGUGCUUAUUGCCUUAUCAUCGAAUGAUCUCAUUCUUAUCUACCGUGCAUCGUUAAGUCUACGCAUUGUUUUAAAGAAACCACAACAGCCAGCUACACUCCCCACCGUGAAAUCAUCCUAUCCUCAUAACGAUUCAUGGAUGAUGGGCUCGAAGUGUAUUCAGUUGUCUGAUGGAUAUAGUCAGUUAACUGGGAAGAUCAACCUGUAUCCACCUGUUCCUACGGAGUUAUGGGGUGAUAGUCAAACUAGUGGCAACGAUUUGUGCAAUUUAGUGCCUUUACCAGCCUUCGCGAAAUUUUUGAAAUCCUUGGAAGAAUUGUUUGAAAUGAAUGCAGAGGAAAUAUCGACAGGGUUGACUGUCAGUCAGUUUAUUCAACUGAUCAGACCAACUUAUGCGAAUCUGAAAUCAGGAGUAACUACCACUACUGCUACUACUUCUCCAAAUCGACUUAAUUCUAAGCUAACACUGCUUGAAUCCUACUUGUCAACGAGUCUUCUAUUUCAUGCGGCUGUUCUGGCCACUCAAAGUCUCGAUGUUCCUGUACUACUACCUGUGUGUGCGAAUGACCAGAAGAAGGCGACAGUCGACGAUCAUCAUCGAAUCAAUCAACAUCAUCGUGAGGUGAAUACAAAUCAAGUCUAUGCGACUGGUGCAUUUAUGUCUGUUUGGUCCACUUGUCAAUUGACUGUCCACGUGUCAAUGUUGUCAACCUGUUGUCGUCGUCGAGCUUGUCAAUCAACUGGUGGCAUUGAAUGUUCUACGUCUUCUUCUUCUCCUUCGUGGUGGCGAUUGAAAAUUCAGCUUAGUCAAAAUCAAAGCGGUUGUGAUCCUCGAUGGCCUGCAGAUUCACUUAGCGUUUUUGAAGAAUUUUUCGAUAACAGAGUUUGCUCUUUUCCUUUUCAACCGAGUGCAGUCACUGCCUUCUUCCAACUGCUGUUACUGCCACCACACGCUUUACGUGCAAUGGCUCGUGUUCUCGCGUUUGAUCUGCACUCGCCAGCUCAAGCGCCUGUUUAUGUACGUAUUGGUCUUAUCGGGAUGGGGAUAAACUCGCGUGUCACUGCUGUAGCGAGUAAUAAUAACAAUAACAAUAACCAGUCAACAAAUUCUGCACAACAACAAAAUCUACUCAUAUUUGAUACAGGUACAGAUUUACAAGCUGGUAUGCCUGGGAUAAUUGUACGUCCACCGAAAAUAACUCUACAAUUGUUAAUUAUGCGUUCACAUUCUCGUCAUCAGGCGAAAGGUCCAGUUCCCCUUGCACAACUCGUCCUUGUCGGCUAUGAUUGGGAGGCGAAUCAUGUUGUCAUUUAUCCAACAAGCAGUCAACAGCAAAGUGCUGGUGGCAAUAGUUGCACUGCUGGUAGUAGUAGUAGUAGCAGCAGUAACACUGGUGUUGGUGCUUCUGCUGCUGGGGUGGGUGCCACUACUGGUGCUACUUCAUCCAACAAUCAUCAUCUACGCGGUCAGUCGGAUACAGGCGGUAGUAGUCCAAGCCUACUUCGAUUAUUGCAUGAUACCGAUGUUGAAUCUAAGGCGAAUGCUAUGGCCUCAAGCAGUAGUGAUUCUGCGUUAGUUCAACUUGUCCUGCUCAUAACACAAACUGUCGCCGCAUCAUAUCCGAUCAGUUCAGCUGGUCCAACUGCUGGAGGCGGAGGCGGCCCACAAGCUUUAUAUGGUUAGAAUGAGGAAGGAAUGAAUGGAUGGAUAAAAGAAUGAAGGAAUCUAUGUAUGAAUUGGACUUUUCCAUAUAUGUCGAUCGACAUUUUUGUUGUUUUAUUUCU